AUGGCAGUUCCCGAUGAGGCCUCGCAUCCCGCCGUGGCGGGUGCAUCGUUGAGCAGGGAGGUGCAACACUGCUGCAAGCGGCGAUCGCACAUUCCGCCACCGCCAAGUGCCUUGAUGCCGUUCGAACAGGAAAAGAGGCGUUCGGUGGCCGCCAUGAAGGCGAAAGAAAACAACCGGCGCGUUAGCAGCCGCCUAACAAAGAUGCAGCGUCCUCUCCGCGCCGCCGACAAGGAGCCCCUCCAGCGCAAGUUAGCCGAAGCAGUCGCCGUCCACCGAAGGAAGUACCCGGACUACGCGCACCACCCGCGUGAGGCCCGCCGGCGCAAGGAGCAGGAACGCAUUGCCAAGCAGGGUCGAAGCAGCCUGAAGUUCCAGCAGCAGCUGCAUCCGCUACCACUGCCGCCGACGCCAAGCAGCAAACACCGUGGUACCAUCAGUGCUGCUCGAGUCGGCGCUUCGGGCGCAGGUCAGGGAACUGUGGCUUCUAUGACGACGGACAAUGUCCCGGCCACGACCAAGGAUCUCGAAGGACACAUGGUGCCUGUAAAAGUGGCUGCCUUAAGAGCCUUGGCUGAAUUGUUGAAGAGGCAGCCGCAACACUUCCACAAUUAUGCUGAGCUGACCUUGAUCAAGAUCUUCGGAGCAUUCAAGCAGCCUGAGGAGAGCCGUGCUGCCGAGCUGUGUUCUAUAGAGGCUGCUGCUGCGUUACCACCCGAACAAACAAUGGGGCUCCUACACUCGCUCACCGGGCAGUCGGAUGACCGUCGCUGCAAUCAAGGUCAUGUCUCGUAA